AACAUCUCGAGCCCAACCCAAAAAAAAGAAGAAAAGUCAAGAAAAGAGAGAGAAACGCAAGUUCAAACCUAUUAAAACAGACACAAAUUUGCGACUGAUUAAUUGAGUUUUCCAACACAGCAGCAGUAGCAGCAGGAGCAGGAGCAAGAUGCAAACCAUCAAAUGUGUCGUCGUUGGCGAUGGAGCUGUGGGUAAAACAUGUCUACUCAUCUCCUACACAACCAACAAAUUUCCAUCGGAAUAUGUGCCAACUGUAUUUGAUAAUUACGCCGUAACGGUGAUGAUUGGCGGGGAGCCCUACACAUUGGGUCUAUUCGAUACGGCCGGACAGGAGGAUUACGAUAGAUUGCGUCCAUUGUCGUAUCCCCAAACAGAUGUAUUCCUUGUCUGCUUCUCCGUAGUGAGUCCCAGUUCCUUUGAGAAUGUCAAGGAGAAGUGGGUGCCGGAGAUAACUCAUCAUUGUCAGAAGACGCCAUUUCUGCUAGUGGGCACACAGAUCGAUUUACGUGACGAGACGAGCACAUUGGAGAAGUUGGCCAAGAAUAAGCAGAAACCAAUCACUAUGGAGCAGGGUGAAAAACUGGCCAAAGAGCUGAAGGCCGUUAAAUAUGUCGAAUGCUCGGCUCUGACACAAAAGGGUCUAAAAAAUGUUUUCGAUGAAGCGAUCUUAGCUGCACUCGAGCCGCCAGAGCCAUCCAAGAAAAGGAGAUGCAAGUUCUUAUAAUUUUGCUUAAACAAAAGCAAAAUUAGUCCCACUCUCCUACCCAAACCCCCUAUCCUAUACCACAACCUAACACACACACACACAUAUAUAUAUGUAUAUAUACAAUAUAUAUAUAUAUAAAUAUAUAUAUUCAUACUUGCUUACUUAUUGCCCAAAAGUUACAUUCGUUUUCGGAACUCUGUCCAGCCCAGUCAUCAGUAUCAGGCACUAUAACAUGCCCAUCCCUGUCUCUUUUGAUCUAACUAUAUAUAUAUAUAUAUAUAUAUAUACAAGCUACAUAUAUAUAUUGUGUCUGAAUAUCUGUUACUCGUUCAAUCGUUUCAAUCAAUCAAAACACACAAAUCGUAUUCUUAAUUCAAAAUUAAGCUUAAAAUUUUUGCUUUCUUUUCCUCGACCUUUGUAUUUUAAAGUAAACAGAGAAAACAAACAGUAACAAUAAUAAAAUAAAAAAAAAAUAUAAAUUUAUAGCAAAAGAAAAAAUACAAAAAAAAAACCAAGAAAAUAACAACAAAUAUAUAUAUAUAAAAAUGUAGCUAUACAUACAUAUAUAUACACUUUUAUAUAUAAGUGGAGAAGAAAAAACUAAGCUACUUUCAUACGAAACAAAAUUAAAUAAAAUAAAAGAGUCCCGAGAACAAUCCAAGCAAAUAUAUACAUAUAUAUAUAUGUAUAUAAAUAUAUAUAUAUAUAAUUGAUAUAAUAUUAUAUAAAUUAGCAAAACCAACAAUGAAAAAAAAAUUGCUAAAAAAAAAACAAAAAAUAUAUGAAAUAAACCACAAAAAAGAAAACAAAAAAAUCAAUUAUGUAUAAGAGUGCGUAUGAGUAUUGAAAUUAUGAACAAAAAAAAGAAACGGGAUAAAAUAAAUAGACAGAAACCAAAAGCAUAAA